AUCGGCCUUUUCUUCAUCUGCGCCGUUAUGUGGACGCAGAUACGACGGGGACUAACAGAAUGUCUGUUCCAGAUGGACCUCCGUAUGGACGGAAAUCUUCUUCAUCCGCAUCACCAUGCUGCUCAGAUGUGGAGUUUGGCUGUUGUUGGCUAAAAGUGGCAUAAUUGAGAUUCAGCAGGGGAUUGUCCUGUUCUCCUGCUGAUCCCAAGCACACCCUUCAACUAACCGAAAAACAGCACAGAAGUGCAUGCAAGGGAUCUUGUGCCUCUCCCAGUCCCUGCAUGUGCAAGAGGGCAUUAUGCAAUCCUUCCCGAAGUUCACAGAGUACCAGCCUGUAGGGUCAGUCUGGCUCUUCACUGAACAACCCCUCACCCACUUCGGUGAAGUCCUCCGCCCUGAUUGUGCUGGCCUUCUCAAUUUGGUUGGUGACAUGCUCCGCCAUCCCGCGGGGUCGGUCUCACAGGAACGGUUUGGUGGAUUAAUUGUAUUUUCUAUAAUUUGACGAGCACUUCACGUUCAGCUCUGUGUACCUUGGUGUAGAGAUGAAAUUGAAAUGACUAAUUGCAUCAUUCAAAUCCACAUUUUAAAGCAGAGCAUUCAUGAGAAUAGACUAAAUCAGGGAUGGGCAACUCCAGUCCUUUUGGUGUCACACUUUUGCCCCAGCCCCAGCUAACACACCUGACUCCAAUAAGCAACUAAUCAGGAUCUUCAAUUUAGAAUGCAAUUUAAUCAGCUGUGUUUUCUAGGGAUGGGGAAAAAGUGUGAUACCACUCCGGCCCCCGAGGACUGGAGUUGCCCAUCACUGGACUAAACACAAGCAAAGAAAAAAAAUGCAUAAAAAAAAAAAAUAGUACUUAUUUUUGAAUGGCUGUUGGGAAGAAGUUGGUUACCAAGUCGGUCAACAGAUCACUCAGGCUACAAUUCUUGUAGCCUUCCUGAUUACCACACUUGAGAGCUUCAUUCUGCUGCUCGACCCUAUUAUUCAUGUAGAUGGCAACCUUCAUCCCCUCGUCACGAAACACAUGCACCCAUCUCUGUACAAAAACAAAAAAUCUGUGGAAUGACCUAAACCCAUUGAUCGCUGAAUAAUACAAUUUAUCAAUGCCUCAUAAAGAGCCUUAUACUAAUUGUCAACAGGAUACUCAUAAGAAUUAAUUACUUAUGAAUGAACUUUAACAAUCAAUAAUUAACCAGCCUAUUACACUAAAAAGUUAGAUUUAAAUCAAUGUCAAACCUGAGCUUGUGGCAGCCAUUUGUGAGAGAACCAAUCCCUCAGCUUUGGGUUCUCAAUCCACGAUCUACUGUUUUUCAGUUCAGCCAGGUUCCUGUUGAAGUCCUCAACCGUAGAGGGCCUGGCAAUUCCUUGUCCACUCAACCCAGACCUUCUCUCUAUGGAAGUCUCAGAGGAUUACCUUGGAUCCUCCGUUUGCACAAUGGUGUAGUCUCCAGCCCAAAGAUUCUUCCAAGAUGCCAGAGAGUGCGUGGAAGCUGGUAUUCUACACCAUGUCCUGGUCCUACAGCACCUACCUGCUCUUCUUCACCAACUACACCUUUUUCCACGACCCACCCUCCGUAUUCUAUGAAUGGAAGAGUGGCAUGACGGUGCCCAUGGACAUCGCCAUCGCCUACCUGAUCCAGGGCAGCUUCUAUGGACACUCCAUCUACGCCACGGUCUACAUGGAUGCCUGGAGGAAGGAUUCUACCGUCAUGGUGGUGCACCAUGUCAUCACCCUGGCCCUCAUCACCUUCUCCUAUGCUUUCAGAUUCCACAACAUCGGGUUGCUGGUGCUGUUCCUCCACGACAUCAAUGACAUCCAGCUGGAGUUCACCAAGCUCAAUGUAUACUUCAAGACCCGUGGAGGGGGCUACUACAUCAUCAACGACAUCCUGUCCAACAUGGGCUCUGUCAGCUUCAGCAUCACCUGGUUUUGGUUUCGUCUCUACUGGUUUCCUCUGAAGGUUCUGUACGCCACCUGUGUGUCCAGCCUCCAGUCCAUCCCAAACAUACCCUUCUACUUCUUCUUCAACUCCCUCCUCUUGGCACUCCUCUGCAUGAAUAUCUACUGGUUUUUGUAUAUAGUGGCAUUUGUGGUGAAGGUCUUGACGGGGCAGAUGAAGGAUGUGAAAGACCUGAGGGAGUACGAGGGUGAGGACAGAGCCCAGAGGGCUGCAACCCUGCUUAAGGCCCAGCAGCAGAUUAAAGAUGCAGGACAUCUCAACAAUUCUGCUGAAACUCAGCAACUCAACAACUCUGUUGAAGGGAAGCACUUGCAGAACGGGAUCACCAAGGAGAAGCAUCUAUAAUGGCCUCUCUAGCUCCACCUCCUGGCACUUAACUCUGAAUGCAAGCAACGCUAGGCAACCUAGAUUUAGGUCUAAGUGAUUUGCAGAAAGGAUGAAAAAACAUCAAGUGAUAAUUUUGUCAUUGUUUUAUUAUUAUAUCACUGUGGAUGUUAUUUCAGGGGACCUGUGUCUUAUAUUAACAUUAGAUUUGAAGAAAAAGUAAGGUGUGAGUUAUGUUAAUGUCCUUUCGUGUAGCCUACUGGGGCAUUUAGAAGUCAUGUAAGGUCUAACAAACACAAGACAAGGUUGAGCUAUUGAUUUUUAGACGUCUAGGCUAGACCCAUAAAAACGAGAUAACGUGCACACGUUGGAGGACAGGGCUCUAUUCAAUCUGUGUCGCUGAAGCGUUACAGAUUGCGAGACAGAAAUGUAAAGGUAAUUUUUGAUUGAGCCGACAUAUGCAGUGUUUAUCGUGAAUGCACUCUGCUAAACGUUGCCUUUAAAUUUCAAUCACAAUGUAAUGCUGACUUCCGCAAUACCGAUCGAUUAGAGCCUCUAAAGCAAUCACACAGUCACCAUGUCAAGGUCCUUUCUAGUAUACAGAGACCUGGAUCUGCAUUUUUAAAGAGCGUUCCUCUAAAAGCCUAGUGUCUUUUUUUGUUUAUACCCCCUCUUAUUCCAGGAGUGAAGGCUAAAAUACUAAAGGGAAGUAUUGCAUCAUGUCACCAUCGUGGGUGAGUGAGUGCAUGUUAGGGGCUAGUUUUGUUUUACAAACAUGUAUUAAUUUUCUUAUCAUUGCACAGGUUGAUAGUGACCACAUAUACAUUCCCUCAGCCUGACCUGCAAUAUUGGAAGACCCACGUCGGCGUAGUAUUGAUGUGUCUUUUAAAUGUGAAUGACUUGUGAACCGAUUUUUUAGCUGUCGAUAAAUAGGCAUUGGAAAUAUUGCUUGCAUUCCUGUAUGGAAAAUGCAUUGUCACAUUUUCUGUUUUUUUUAGCAACUGUUGGCGCACUGAAAUCAAGGCAUACAAGCUGAUAGCUGGUUAAUGACAGCUGAUGUAGCUAAAAUUGAUUAUGUUGAGUAUCAUCCUUAUGAUUUCGUUGAAGAUAUGGAUUUGAAUAAUCAAUUGGUGGUGCUUGUCAGGUUCACAGAAAAAUGUAAGCAAAUGGCCUUUACGUGUGUAAAAUAAGAUACAAAUCAAAUAUGAAAAACAUAAAUGCAGAUAUGGUAUUCAGGAAUGCAUGACAUUGCAAUGGUUUUGGAAUAUGCUAUGAAGUCAUAAAAUAAAACCCCACAAAUUAAGAAAACUACAAACUAUGUCAUCUUAACCUUUAUCAAUGUGCAGAACUCAUCUUAAAAAAGUUAAGUAAUUAGAGCAGACCAUCACACACUCAAAAUGGUUCUGUCCUUACAUUCGAAUGUGCCCCUGGUUGUGUGUGCCGCAACUCUCCCGUUUUUUUCUUUGCUGUGCCUGUGACAUAGGGGGGUGCUGUCCUUUUCGAUCAAAUUCAACCUCUUUCAUUUUGAUGAACAGUAUGCUUGUGCUGGAACAGGCCACAGAUGUCGGCAGGUAGAAGUGUCCAUAGUUGUUGAUGUGUCUUCCAGUCCCCAGCACUAGCUACCACUAGUGCCAGUGCCUGGGAUUACCUAGUUUUGAUAUUACAUUCAAACAUUAUCAUUAUAGAUAAUUUUAAUUGCUGCUGUUUCUGAAAACACUGUUUGUAAUCCAGUCGUCUGUCCCUUUUCCUGUGUAUGUGUCGGUUAAUGGUUUGUACAGAUGAUGUGCCCUGCCGUCUACCAUGGUACUGUCCACAAAGGUGUGCGCACUUUCCCUCCACCUCUGUCCAGCUCUCUCCUAGUCUGUCUGUCCUCUCCACCACAGACAAACACCACCAACAACCAGAUUGGCUUUGUGAGGUGAAACUACUCACAGCAAAUUCCCUCUGUUCAAGAAACAGUAUACUCCCACAUCCCCUUAAAAAAAUACAUUUCUGUCA